CUACAACGAGCUGAUCGCUGCCCAACAAAACAUGUACAACGUCGGCUACGGUCUCGCCAACCUCCUCGCCUUAGCCGGCGUCGGUCUCGACGGCGACCUCGUAACCGAAAAGCUAUCCAUCGGCUGCGACGCGACUGCCCGAACCGCAGUCACAGGCUCAAAUCUUAUCCAGAAAGAGCCCGGCCUGAACGGCCACAACAAGUUCGAAGCGUAAGAUAAAUUAACCGUAUCCAAAGUUCAAAUCACUUACGAUAACUGCAGUGACACCUCGCUGACCCGCAACGACUACUUCACCGCAAACGGCGACAACUUCCAGUUCAACGGCACCCUAUUCGACAUGAUGUACAAGUCGACAGGAGGCGACUUCACCCGCCUCCCGCUGUCCAAAUACCGCGCCGAGCGCUGGGACCAGAGCCGUGCCGAGAAUCCCAACUUCUUCUUCGGCCCGGGCAGUCUGCUCCUCUACGGAGCCUCCUCCUUCCUCUACGAACUCUUCCCCGGCUCAAACUACGCCGCCGACCUAACGACGAUGAAGUCCUUCUUCGGCGCCGAAGAGGACGGCAACGGCGGCUGGACGCAUAUCCCCGAGCGUGCCCCCCCGGGCUGGCGCAACCGUGUCAAGCCGUACGACCUCAACGGCGCGGGAAGCGAGAUCUUUGCGCAGUAUGGCGCCAACCCGAAGCCAUUUGGUGUGAAUACUGGCGAUGGGAAUUUCCUGUUGUUCAACGAGGAUGGCACGCCUGGGUUUGAUAUUAGUGAUGCCGAUAAUGUGGUUUGCGCGCUGUAUCAGCUUGCGGUGGGUGUGGCGCCGGCGACUGUAGGCGGGGGUCCGUUGAAUACGGUGCAGCAGAUUAAGCUGGCUGCGACGAAGCUGAAUCCGAUCUUUGCGGAUUAUCCAUGUCCGUUGAUCUUGGUUUAGAGGGGUGGACUGGGGUCUGCAUGUAUAUAUCUGGUUGAUGA